UGUUAAUAUUACGCACCAAAUCCAACCCAACUUCUCCUCUCUCUAAACCCCUCUCUCCCUUGUAGAACUUUCAUUUGAUUAUUUAUUUAUCUAUCUAGUCUUCCGGCAAUUCAGAUUUAAAGUUCUUUUAGCUUCAGUGAGUGCUUGGAGUUGAUAGGAUCAAAACAGUCCUUCCUCGGUGUGCCCUUACAGAUGUCUCUAUCCGCACAUGGUCGAUUAUCGAUUUGAGAAACUGCCUUUAUCAUUAUCCAGUUCAUCUUUAUACUGCCAUCGCUAAUCAGACUGCUGCUGUUGAUAUUUCUUAUUUCAUUUGUGAGAAUGAGAGCAUGUAUUGAUUAGCAUGUUGCUCUCUUGACCUCAUAAAUUGAAGGCUUUAAAUUCGAUGUGCCUCUAAUUCGAAUAGUAAUGAUUGUGGCGUUCUGCUUGAUUUGACUCCAGGACAUAGUUCACACUUUUGAAGGGAUAGUAAUGGGGCAUAGACAUUUAUUCAACACCUCUCAAAUGUUCGAGAGUGAACAGGAUCAAAAUUGGAAUCAUAUGCAUAUAGAGCAAACUUAUGCAAAUUCAGCCAGGGUAGGUCCUGCAGAGAAUGGCCCCUUUUAUUAUCCAGCAGAAAAUAUGCCUGUUGAUGGAGUUCAUUUUACUUCUCAAUGGAACCCUUCACCAAUGUCAAAUGCUUAUAUUUCCUCAAGUCACAAUGUUGAAGUAUCACAUUAUCAACCAGAUGUUUCAGGCCCAUCUCGUGAUCCUUUUCUGCAUUCUUCAACUGCUGGAACCUUUUGCACAGUCCCAGAAAAUCAUGCACGCUUUGCAUCUUCUUCCAAUUAUGAGAGACAGACCUUUCAUGGUGUUGAGGCUGGUCUUGUUGAUCUCACAAUGGGCAAUGUAAGGGGGCCCCACAAGCGAAAAAGCCCUGGGGUCCCAUCUGCAUGCGAAGGGGGCAGUGCAAGCAGAUAUUAUGGUGCUGGCAGUUCCUCUGAUCCCCCACUCUCUUCUGAGCUGCAGCAGGAGAAACCAAAUUUGGAUCCUCAAUAUAUGGCCUGGGAAUGCUUUACCAUGACCCCUGGCCAUCGAGGCAAUCUCUCAAUUAGGCCUGAGGGUGCAAUCAGGAAUGUGAGGAGCAGGCCUGCUCUUGAUCCGGAUUCCAACCUAGCUAGGACCCACUUAUCAAGCAGUUCUUCCCACACUUCGUACCCUGCAGGCCACUCCUUCGACCAUUCCAAUUCAAUGGAUUUUUCAGGUCAAAGUUCUAGUGCUUUAUCACAUGAUUGGAGUCAUGCCAGAAUGCCUCCUGCUUCUGGGAGGAUGCUAGUCUCAGAUGCUAGUGGUUAUAACAGUCAUGACACAAACCAUUUUCUUGUUGGAAGCAGCAUAACUAAUGCCGCUGUAGACAUUAGGGGAUAUCCCCAUGAUUUCAUUUCCAGUAGAAAUCCUGUUGUGCCUCAAAGCUUCCAUAGUCCCUCAGCACACUCCAUAAGAGGUAUUCGCAGUAGCUCUUCUCAAAGACCUAGCCCAGCUUUUAGGGCUUCCUCAAGUACUUUGCGCUUGGGGCAUGUGGCACCUUCAGAUGAUGGCAUGCAGUUGGUUGCUGAAACCUCCAGACAACCAAGGCUGUCAUCCGCUAUAGCUUGGCGUAACAGCGACAGGAAUGGUAGAUCCAGAGUUUCUUAUGACAGAUACAGAUCAGUGUCCAAUGAGCCAGGUCUUCAUGAUCGAUUUGCAUCUGAGGGUUAUAUGGUUGUGGACCGAUCAACCUCUUAUGGGCCGAGAAAUAUGGUUGACCAGCAUAGGGACAUGAGGCUAGAUGUAGACAACAUGAGUUAUGAGGAACUACUUGCACUAGGGGAAAGGAUUGGAUGUGUCAGCACAGGAUUGUCUGAAGAUCUGAUAUCCAAGUGUUUGACAGAAACAGUAUAUUGUUCUUCAGGCCUAAGCCAGGAUGAAGGAAACUGUGUAAUUUGCCUGGAAGAGUACAAAGACAUGGAUGAUGUUGGGUCCCUGAAAGCCUGUGGUCAUGAUUAUCAUGUGAGCUGCAUCAAGAAAUGGCUAUCGAUGAAGAACUUGUGUCCAAUAUGCAAAGCUUCGGCUAUGGCUGAUAACAUGAAGGAAUAAGUUAAUUACCUUGUUAAUCAUUUAUCAUAUACAUAAAUAUUUUUUAAGAAAAAGGAAACAAUUAGUGUCCUUAUUGUAAAUAGUGCUUGUCAAAAGAAGAAACAGAUGAACUGAUCUGUGUAGGAAUUGUAUAAAUUAAUAGUCAAUGCCAAUCAAUUUGUUUCAGGCUCCCAUCUCAAAUUCGUGGAGCCUUCAUUGCCA